AGACCUCCUCCAGUUAACCUCAUUUAAAACAGCGCGAAAUUCACAACUAAUAAAUCUUAUCAACUACCAUUUCUUGUACAUACUUACGCACAAAGCGACACAUAUACAUCUCUUUCAUAUCCAGUUAUAAAUGCAUCACCAUUUGGCCUGCCGUACCGGAACACAAAGCCCCUGCAGGCCAAUUUUUCAGUACAAAAAUUAGCCUCUCCCAAUAGACUCCGGUCUGUGGGUAGUCCCAAGCGGUUGGCAAUAUGAGCACCUGCUUUCGCGCUGUGGGGAGUCCGAACAAUUCUUGCUACUGGCCAUCUGGUUGUCUCUGGAGCGUUGUGUUCUUCGCAGUUGCGGUACUCACCUACUUGGCAUACAGACCUUUUCGUCUGUUUGAUAGGCUGUUGAGCAGUAAUUAUGUCUACCAAUUCACAUCAUCUUAGUGACUACUUUCUUAAAUACGCUUUCUCCGAAAUUCUACGUUGCGUUGACGGGUACUAGCUCUUUGAUUUCCGGCUUGAUAUUAAUCUUCGAGUGGUGGUAUUUUCGAAAGUACGGGAAAUCUUUCAUCGAGCAGAUAUCCUUGAAUCACAUUUAUCCGCUAAUUGGAGGUUCCGACGACGACAAUGAUUGUGACAGUCUGGACUCCAAUGGGCCACUCACAACUACUCAAGAAUGCAAAGUUUGGCGAAACCCAUAUAGUUUAUUUCGCGGUGCGGAAUAUCAGCGUUUUUACCGAGAGACUGGCCGUGAUCCUCUAACGUACUACGAUAUGAAUUUGUCAGCACAAGAUCAUCAGACUUUUUUCACUUGCGAGGCAGACGCUGGUAUGCCAGAAUAUGAAAUUAUGCAGCUUGCAUGGAGGGAACGUAGUCACGAAGAACGUAUUAAGAAAACGAAAGAGGCUCUAGCUAAAAAUCCGGAAUGUGCAACUGCUAUGAUUCUUUUAGCUGAGGAAGAAUGUUCUCCGAUCGUUGAGGUUGAAAGAAUGUAUAAACAGGCCCACAAAGUCGCUGAAGCAGCUCUACGUCGUUCUCAGCAAUUGCAAAACCACAGCUCCGUUCAUGAAUCAAUGUAUCGAAGGGAUAUUCAUGUCUUUGUCUUCAUCCGUCGUCGCUUAGCUAUAUGUGCAAGGAAGCUGGGCAAACUAAAAGAGGCAAUCAAGAUGAUGAAAGAUCUGAUCAAAGAUUAUCCAAAUCUCAAUUUAUUCAAUAUACACGAGAAUCUUAUCGAAUGCUACUUGGCUGCUCAACAGUACGCUGAUGCCCAGGCAUUCCUUGCCAAAUAUGAUGACAUUCAUUAUCCAAAAUCGGCCACCAUCUGCUACACAGCUGCGUUAUUGAAAGCUCGUCAGGUUGCUGACAAAUUUUCCCCUGAUAUCGCCUCACGUCGUGGGCUGAACUCGGCCGAAUUGAGUGCAGUGGAAGCAAUUCAUCGCGCAGUUGAAUUCAAUCCGCACGUCCCAAAGUACCUUCUCGAGAUGAAGCCGUUAAUAUUACCAACAGAGCACAUUUUGAAGCGUGGCGAUUCAGAGGCGAUUGCCUACGCGUUCUUUCAUUUGGCUCACUGGAAGGCAGUGGACGGCGCCAUCAACCUGCUUCAUUGUACCUGGGAAGGCACUUUCCGGCUUAUUCCGUAUCCACUCGAGAAGGGCAAUUUGUUUUAUCCCUAUCCUCAUUCAGCAACUGCAACCGACCGUGAACUGUUACCCAGUUUUCACGACAUCUCGGUGUAUCCUAAGAAAGACGUACCGUUCUUCAUCCUUUUCACUGCGGCAUUGUGUUCUCUGACGGCAGUGCUGGCGUGUUUGACGCAUAUCUAUCCGGACCAGAUGGGAAUGCUUUCCAAAAAAACAUUGCAUUGGUUCUUCAGCCCUGUGAAUUAUAUACUGGACAAAUUGGAAGGGGUUCUGCUCUUACUCUUACCGACGUCCACGCGGAAGCUGUAACUAUGGUACCGGGCUUCUCAGAAACACAUCCACCACGGAUUUCUCUGUUUCAAAAACAUCACAAGCUUUACAGAUUGUUAGAUUCUUCUUCUGUGCAUUUUCAACUACCUUUUCUGUCCGCCUACUUGUCAAAUUGUUUGUCUUGACCUACGCCUCACUGGCAUAAACUCUAUGUUCAACCACA